CAAGUGACAAUGGGAGGAGCUACGCAGGACGCAUGAGCAGGGCAGGAGACCGGGUGUGUCAGAGAUGGGACUCCCAGUCCCCCCACAGCCAUCCCCACACACCACAGGCUCAUCCUGAUGCAGGCCUGGAGGAGAACUUCUGCCGUAACCCUGACAACAAGGAGCGGCCCUGGUGCUACACCACGGACGUGCACCCGAUAUAUAGGUGGGCCUACUGCGAUGUGAUGGAAUGUGCAGAUCCAACGUCUGUGAACGUCAACGUAGAACCAUGUACACGCAAUAUUUUCCGAUCCACGCUUACUUCAUGUGACGGAAUGUGUGGGACGCGUCAUCUACGAGUUGAGAGUUGCAACUGUGACAAGAAUUGUCGCGUUUUCGGGGAUUGCUGUAAAGACUUUGAAGAACGGUGCAGCGACAUCGCUCAGAUGACCCCCGAUCACCCCGACAAAAAGUGGAAGUGUGUGCCAGACUUCUACCAAGGGACAUCCUAUUGGUUGGUUGCUGACUGUCCAGACGACUGGACAGAUGACGUUACAAGACAACAGUGUUUGAAACAGGUGGAUCUCUUCAACCCGAGCGAACUUGCCGACCGAAUGCCUGUUAAGAAUGUACGAACAACUGUCUCUUAUAGAAACAUAUUCUGUGCUUUCUGUAACAAUGUGUCUUUGUCUGAAGUAGAACCUUGGGAGUCUACAGUUAGGUGCACUGGCCUGAUAAACUCUUCUACACAUCAUACCACUCCAAGUACACAACUGUACCACACCAUUGUUGACAAUCACACGGAAUGCCUUGGUAUCAGCAACUUAGAAUUUCUAGACCAGUAUGGUAAACAAUGCCUUUACCACGAGUUUGAUUCGUCCAAUGUUAACUGUGAUGAAUCUUCCUGCAGGUCCUACAAGCUCUUUAUGAGGGGUUUGUAUAAGUCUUACAAAAACGUACACUGUGCUCUGUGCGAAGGGUUGUCUCCUGCUGCAAGUACAAAGUUGAUACCGUGUCCAUUUGCCACCAGCAACGUGCAUGGCUGUUUCCCAAACUGUAUUUCAUUGACUAAUCUCUUCAACUUUGGUGAUGAUAACGAUGAAGACAACCCUACGCAUUGUCCUCCAAACAGUGUAUACGACCCAUUUGUUGACACAUGUAGGCUUCUCAAGGAUGACCACACAAGUCAAGGCUCAGCAAAUAAAAGUGUGACCUUCCAAAACUGCAGCACCCCGGCUUUGCUUUUCACGUCUGAAGAGUUCCAAGCUCUACCUAACGGUAGUGUCCAUCUCUUGAGUGCAAACGUGACAUGCGCUGCUGAGCAGGUGGCCAUCCAGAACACAGCGGCGUUGGUGUGUGGGGAGUGUAUACUGCAGUAUUUCUCCAAUGACACGCGUGGAGGAACAACAGACAACCCUUGGGAAGCCGACCAGGGUUACUUGACACUAGGCCUCGUGGUCGUGUCGGCUGUAGCGGCGGUCGCUUUCGUUGUGUAUUCCAGGCGGCCCGAACAGUGGAAGAAAAUGGGUGGGAAGCUGAAAGUUCAGGUGGUCCUAUGCAUGACAACUGCAGAGUCACUAUUCGUGGGGCGAGUGCUCAUACCCGAAGGACCGGCGUGUACUGGUUUUGCUAUACUCCUCCACUACCUCCUGCUGUCUGCGUUCACUUCAAUGAACGCGCUAUCUUUGGACCUCUUUCUGACGUUUCGCCAAGAGUCCGAAAGAGCUUCGCUGCGCAAGUACAUCCUGUACACGUGGCUGGUGCCGGUGCUGGUCGUCGGCUUGACGGCGUUUGUGGAUUUCUGUCCCUGCAGUGAUGUCAGGGUGGGGUACGGACAGCAGGCUUGCUGGAUAGGUAGCCCCACGGGAAGCUUGAUCGUUUUUGGCGCCCCAGUCCUCUGUGCUCUUCUGAUAAACCUCGGCCUCAUCAUCCACACUUUGUUGGCCAUACGGAAGUCGUUCCAUAUAGCGGACGCUGCGCUGGUUCGCUCGAACAGCAGCAAGGCUUGGGUGUACCUGCGUAUCUCAUUUAUGACCGGGUUCACUUGGAUAAUCGGCUUCAUUGUGCCGUACGCGCACAGCAGGGCUCUAGAGUACAUCUUCAUCGUGCUGAACGCCUCCCAGGGCCUUCUGCUGACGCUGCUGCUCACGCUGACAUCAGAUGUGGUGCUGACGUGGAUGUCAAAGUUCAGAGAGCGCUUCCGUCCGGGUAAACCUGGUCAGGACGCCGGUAGGCCCACCACUACCGCCGCCGGUAAUCAACAGAGCUCUGUCCGGGGUACUGAAACCACGGCAACUGGCACCGACCCGGCUGUAGACAUACCCAUGACAGUUCUAGUCUGUAAAACUGACGCUACGGCACCUGAAGCUAACCCUGCUACAGGCAUACCCAAGAUGGGUCGAAUUCUGGUCAGUAAAUCCGAAGCCACGGCACCGGAAACUGACCUUGCUACUUGCAUACACAAGAUGGGUCGAAUUCUGGUCCGUAAAACUGAAGCCAAGGCACCAGAAACUAACCCUAGUACAGACAUACCCAUGACAGAUCUGGUAGGUAAAACUGAAGCCACGGCACCAGAAACUAACCCUAGUACAGACAUACCCAUGGCAGAUCUGGUAGGUAAAACUGAAGCCACGGCACCAGAAACUAACCCUAGUACAGACAUACCCAUGGCAGAUCUGGUAGGUAAAACUGAAGCCACGGCACCAGAAACUAACCCUACUACAGACAUACCCAUGACAGAUCUGGUAGGUAAAACUGAAGCCACGGCACCAGAAACUAACCCUAGUACAGACAUACCCAUGGCAGAUCUGGUAGGUAAAACUGAAGCCACGGCACCAGAAACUAACCCUAGUACAGACAUACCCAUGGCAGAUCUGGUAGGUAAAACUGAAGCCACGGCACCAGAAACUAACACUGCUACAGACGUACCCAUGACAGAUCUGGUAGGUAAAACUGAAGCCACGGCACCAGAAACUAACCCUAGUACAGACAUACCCAUGACAGAUCUGGUAGGUAAAACUGAAGCCACGGCACCAGAAACUAACACUGCUACAGACAUACCCAUGGCAGAUCUGGUAGGUAAAACUGAAGCCACGGCACCAGAAACUAACCCUAGUACAGACAUACCCAUGACAGAUCUGGUAGGUAAAACUGAAGCCACGGCACCAGAAACUAACACUGCUAACUAACCAUGCUACAGACUAGACACACACACACACACACACACACACACACACACACA